AUGACAGGUUCAUCAAACUCUCCAGCCCCGUCUGGAAAUCACAUUCCACAACAAAACACGCGAACUUCAGCUUCACCACAACCCGCCACCGGAAAUUACGCGUCUUCUUCGUCUUCUUCACAACAGCAACAACAGAAUCACCAGCAACAUGAUUCUACAGGUUCAACAACAGCUGGUCAAUCAUCUUCUUCUGCUUCAACCUCUUCUUCUUCUUCUUCAGGAUCAACUAUGGCUCCAGUGCGACACGUAUCACAACUUCUUCCAGUCCAUAUCAAGGCUCUCAAUAAGGAAUACAAAAACCAAGUUCAACUCGCGUUAAAUAGUGCGGCAGAUUCAAAAGAACAAAAGGAUCAUUAUCAGCGUGCUAGACGUAUCCAGAUCUUAUUACAGCAGUAUCGAGAGACUAAGCUUCAACAACAACAGCAGCAGCAGCAGCAUCAACAAUCUCAACCACAGUCACAAUCACAACAACAGCAGCAGUCACAACCACACUCGCAACCACACUCACACACACCCUCUCCUGUUCAAACUCAGACUACUCAACAAAAAUCUGCGUCUACUUCUGUUUCUUCUCCUGUUGAUAUGAAUUUCCGUGCUUCUAAUACCCCUGAUCCAGUUUCACGAAGCAGUUCUUCUUCUCCAAUUCUCCAAACUACAAAGGUACCAUCUUCUGCAACAAGCCAGCAACAAAUCCGCACUGGUCAGCAACAACCACAGCAACAGCAACAACAGCAGCAACAACUACAGCAGCAACAGCAACAGCAGCAGCAACAACAGCAGCAACAACAACAGCAACAACAACAGCAACAACAACAGCAACAACAACAGCAACAACAACAGCAACAACAACAGCAACAACAACAGCAACAACAACAGCAACAACAACAGCAACAACAACAGCAGCAGCAGCAGCAGCAACAGCAACAACAACAACAGCAGCAGCAGCAGCAACAACAACAACAACAACAACAGCAACAACAGCAACAACAGCAACAACCACAGCCACAGCCACAACCGCAGCAACAGCAACAGCCACAACCACAACCACAACCACAACAGCAGCAACAACAGCAACAACAACAACCUCAUCCCCAACCUCAAAAACAUCGUGUACCUUCGCCUUUACCUAAUACUUCAAACAUUUCUCAGCAGAUGGCUGCAAGUGCAGCAGCUAAACCUUCUCGUCCUAACACUACUGCUACCCAGUUUACAGGCAAUUACCGAGCUGGAACCAACGCUAAUCAAAGAGCACACGUUCAAUCUCAAACAUCUAUUACUUCUUCUCAUCCUGUUACUACUCACAAACCUCCUACAGUUUCUUCCACUUCUAAUUUGACUGGUAAUACUACAUCUACUGCCACUAAUGCAUCCAAUACUAAUAACCUUGCUUCUCUUCGCAAUUUGUCUUCCGAAGAAUUGCUUAGCCGGUUGAACCAUUUCAAAACUCGUCAAAAUGAGUAUGAAAAUAGCUUGGCUGAGGUUGAGGGUCUUCUUAAAACAAAAAAUAAUUUAACUGAUGAACAAAGACGAAAUUUGAAGAUUAAAGAGCAAAAUUUCCGCACUCUUAGAGAUCAGUUUAAAACUUCAGUUUUGACAAUUACCCAGGAAAUUCAAAGAUCAGUUUCUAAUCAAUCUUAUUCUCAAAAUCAAACAGGAAAUGUGUCCACCAAUACUGGUAAUAUCAAGUCUUCUGUUGUUAAUGACCAUGGAAAUCUUUCUCAUACCAAUUCCUCUCCCAAUUUAAAUACUCUUUCCACUGCUGGAACUACAGGUCCAGGGUUUUAUUACAACCAAAAUCAACAAAAGAAUACAUUUACUCAGCAAAACACUCAAAAUACUGCUAAUAAAGUUGCUCCUCAUCUCCAAAAAACUACAUCACAAAAACAAACUGUAAAACAAUCAGGUAUUAAUGACUCUCAAACUAUUCAAAGAUCUCAGUCUUAUCAAUCUUUGCCAAUCAAAACGGAGAGCAAGUUUAAUAUGCCAAACACUCAAUCACUUCAAAAUUCUUCUACAUCUAACUUGAAAUUUUCAGGAAUCCCUGGAUCAGCAAACUUGCCUACAACAUCUGCAACUAUUCCUGGAGCUGCCAAUAUAAAGCAUCAAAAUGCUAAUAUUCCUUCUUUACCUAAUUUACCAACAUCUGGUGAUUAUUCAAAUUUAAACGCUGGCGCUGUAACAUCAAAUACCAUCUCUGCAUCUGCUCCCAAACGUCAAUAUCAAAAAAAGGCUCCUCCAGCCCCCACAGCUACUUCGCGUGCUGGAUCUCCACCUGCUAAAAUUUCUACUGUUAAAACUACAACAACUUCUGUUAAUGACUCAAAUAAUACUGCUUCCCAGAUGAAACGUGCAGAAUCCACUCCCUUUCUUCCUGGAUACAGUUCAACUCCAACAAAUGCAAAAGGUGGUAUUGGCUUGCAGUCAUCAAUUAGCUCGCAUGAUAGCCAUAUUUCAUCUAACAUGGGUGAAAGUAAACCCAUAGUUACUGGAAAUGUCACUGCUUCAUCCAUGACAACAUCGACCUCCAAUCCCUUGAAUGCUCCAACAUCUGGCACUUCCACACCCAAAUACAACAAAACAACAACUACCAGUACUGCAAAACCAGCAAGCUCUGUACCUGUCAAGACACGAGUAUCUACUGGAAAGGUUGGCCGGCCUCCUCUUUCGGCUACAGGUGGUAGCUCCAAAAACAAGCCCAGUUCAAUGUCAAAUACCAGUACUUCAUCUAAUACGCUUAACAAUACUGGUGGUAUCAGUAGCUCUGGAAGUAGCACAAAUCUCAGCAAUCUAGGUAAUCUGAAUUCCAGCGUUGGUGGUAGUACAAAUUUAAAUUCAAUGGGCUCAGCAAAUUCUGGUGUUUCAGGUGCCAACAACAAUACCACUGGAGGAAACUUGCUUAUUGGACCUAGUAAUUCAUUUGCAUCCGCCUCAGUUGCUCCCCUUCCAUCAAUUCCAAUGGCUGAAAAGGUAUUCAAUAAACGUAAGAUUCACGAGCUCAUUAAGGACUUGACACCAGAGGAUUUAGAAGGAAUUACUGAUAAUGAUGUCGAUGAGUUAAUUGGAGAUUUGGUGGAGGGUUUUGUUGAUAAUGUUACCAAGUUUGCUUGCAGAUUAGCCAAACACCGCAAAGCUAAUCAUGUUGACAUCAAAGACCUUCAACUUCAUCUUGAGCGUAACUGGAAUAUCCGUAUCCCUGGCUAUCUUCCAGAUGAAGUCCCUGUCAUUAAGAGACCUGUUCCUACUAAAUCAUAUGUGAGCCGCUCAGAGUCAGUCGAUGUCACCAAGUAUUUUGGUUACAAUCCCAAAUAUCAAGCACCUAAUGGAGCUCCUCUUCCACCUUCUGGCUCAUCUGGAAAAUAA